CUAUCAGGAGUCAAUAAUGCUCCCAGAAAAAGGAACCUGCUUAGUAGUGGGGUGCAGGGGGAGGCUGCUGACUUCCACUCUCAAGCCAGCUGAGUCACUGUCAGCUCCGGGCACCGGCUCACUCUCCCGGCCAGCAUGUGGCAGCUGCUGCCGCCGGCGGUCCUGCUGCUCCUGGCGUCAGCCGGCACCCAAGCUGAAAGUCUCCAGAAGGCUGUGGUGUCCCUGCAUCCGAAAUGGGACAGGCUGCUCGAGAGGGACAACGUGACUCUGCGGUGCCAGGGGGCCCAGGCUGAGGGGAACGGUUCCACACUGUGGUGGCACAAUGGCCACCUCCUGCCAAGCCAGAGCUCCAGCCACUUCAUCGCCUCCGCCAGCGUGAACGACAGCGGGGAGUACAUGUGCCAGACCAGCCGCUCCAGCCUCAGCGACCCGGUGCAGCUGCAAGUCCGCGCUGCCUGGCUGGUGCUGCAGGCGGCGCGCUGGCGGCUGCGGGAGGGGGAGCCGCUGGAGCUGCGCUGCCACAGCUGGAGGGACAAGCCGCUGCGCAACGUGCAGUUCUUCCAGGACGGCCGCGGCCGCCAAUUCUCGCACCGCAGCAACGCCUUCAGCGUGGCCCGCGCCUCCGCCGCGCACAACGGCUCCUACUUCUGCCGCGGCCUCAUCGGCAAGCUCAACGUGUCCUCCGAGGCUGCGGCCGUGCUGGUGGAAGCGCUGGCCAUCCCCCGCAUCUCCCCAGGGCGCCUCAUCCUGCUCUGCCUGCUGCCAGCUCUGUUUGCUGUGGACUCGUGGCUGUACUGCUCUGUGCGGAGAGGCCUUUGCAGCUUAUCGAGGAACAGGACGAAUGACACCGUCACUUGGCACAAGAGCCUCCAGGACAAGCAGGAGCAAUAACCGCAAAAUCCUGACCUUCAAGCCUCAGAGGGAAGGCGGGGGGCGUUGGGGGGGGGCAGGGAGACAACCAAAGGACUUGUGUGCAUGCGUAUACGCAUAACCAAUGGGCACAGUCUGUAGGGGUGAG